AUUUUGCUAUUCGCGAAAACUUGAUGGAUCAGUUUCUACAAUACCAUUAGUGGCUAAUCUAUUGAUUAUCCGACGUAAUCACAGUUAUUUGAUAUAAUUUGAAACGGAAUCUAUGGAGCAAUAUUCGGCUUAUCAUGAUCCCUUUCUACCUCUAAAUAGAAAUGGAAAAUGCCAAAGAGAGAUUUGCGGUUUAGAACAUUCUAAACCGGAUCAAGCUUUCUUUUGUUCCAUCCCUAGUCCUCCACUAUGGCCUCCAUUGUUACAAAUUCCGCGCCCUGAAAGUCGCGCUGUUAGUGAUCGUCCUGAUGAUGGUAGUGGUCUUCCUAAUGACUCUUGUAGACGAACAGGAUCUUGUCCUGUAACUAUACUGUUUACUGGACGUAACCGUUCCCUUGGAACAACUGUAUCUGGGAAUCUGCUCACUAGUUCCUUAUCUGGGAACUCCUCUGAGAUCUUGCUUACUUUAGCUAAUAAUGUUUUGGGUACAUCAGUUGAGGCAGAUUUCACCAAUUAUCUUGAUCCAGGGAUUGCCUCAAACCUUUCCAUCUACAAUAUCCAACCUCGGUGCAUUUCUAAUGCCACGUUCCCAUUCUCAUUCGAACAAAAACCUCUCAAGUUUGAAAAAGAGUUGAGUUGUGUUGAAGGAUUCAAUCUCUGGAAAAAUACCUCCAUAGAGGUCAAUGAUAUGAUUUUCAAGGGUUAUCGGAAAGGAAAUCCCGAGGGGAAGAUAAAUGAGAUCGCUGCAGCAUAUGAUCUCUUGAACACUGAUAGGAACAAUUUCAAUGUCCACAUCUGGUAUAAUUCAACAUACAAAGACGAUUCAGGAAAUAGACUUACAAAGUUGGUCCGUGUUCCCCGCUCAGUCAAUUUGGUGUCAAAUGCUUACCUUCAAUUUUUACAAGGCCCAGGGACAAGGAUGUUGUUCGAAUAUGCCAAAGAAAUGCCUAAACCAGAAACAAGUCUUCGUCUGGACAUCGCGUCUCUAAUUGGCCCCCUUUUCUUUACAUGGGUUAUUCUUCUUCUGUUCCCUGUGAUCUUGUCGUCAUUAGUGUAUGAGAAACAGCAACAUCUAAGAAUUAUAAUGAAAAUGCAUGGCCUAGGAGAUGGUCCAUAUUGGAUGAUUUCCUAUGCCUAUUUUCUUACCAUAUCGGUGUUAUACGUUAUAUGCCUGAUGAUAUUCGGGUCAGCAAUAGGACUGAAGUUCUUUCGGCUUAAUGACUACAGCAUCCAAUUCGUACUCUAUUUUCUCUAUGUGAAUCUGCAAAUCGCCCUUGCCUUUCUAGUUUCUUCAGUAUUUUCAAAUGUCAAGACAUCAACAGUUGCUGCUUACAUAUACGUGUUUGGAUCUGGACUUUUGGGCUUGUUUCUACUCAACUUUCUGAUUGAAGAUUCAUCAUUUCCUAGAGGCUGGAUUAUUGUCAUGGAGUUAUAUCCUGGCUUUUCCUUAUACCGUGGGCUAUAUGAGUUGGCACAAUUUGCUUUCCGGGGAAACUUGAGAGGGGAAGAUGGGAUGAAGUGGAAAGAUUUCAGUGAUAGUGCAAUGGAUGAUGUUUUUUACAUCAUUAUCGUCGAAUGGUUUCUUGCCCUCAUUGCAGCAUACUAUAUCGAUAAGAUUUCUUCAUCCGGAAAAGACCCGUUGUUCUUCUUGCAAAACCCUUUCAAGAAAUCUCCUUCUUUGCGAAGGCCUAGUUUGCAGAGGCAAGGUUCCAAAGUCUCCGUUGAGAUGGAAAAACCAGAUGUUACUCAGGAGAGUGAAAAAGUUGAGCAACUGAUGCUCGAGUCGAGCACAAGCCAUGCGAUUGUAUGUGACAACCUGAAGAAGGUGUAUCCAGGUAGAGAUGGGAACCCGCCAAAAUUGGCAGUCCGGGGGUUAUCUCUCGCUGUGCCUUCAGGAGAAUGCUUUGGCAUGUUAGGGCCCAAUGGUGCUGGCAAGACGUCCUUCAUCAAUAUGAUGACUGGGCUCCUGAAACCAACAUCUGGGACAGGACUUGUUCAAGGUUUGGAUAUAUGCAAUGAUAUGGACAGAGUAUACACCAGCAUGGGCGUAUGCCCGCAGCAUGAUUUGCUCUGGGAAACACUGACAGGAAGGGAACAUCUGCUGUUUUAUGGGAGACUUAAGAAUCUCAAAGGCUCUGAUCUCAACCAAGCUGUGGAAGAGUCUCUUAAGAGUGUCAACCUUUUCCACGGAGGAGUUGCCGACAAACCUGCUGGGAAAUACAGCGGGGGUAUGAAAAGGCGGCUGAGUGUAGCCAUUUCACUUAUCGGGAAUCCUAAGGUGGUUUAUAUGGAUGAGCCAAGUACAGGACUUGAUCCAGCCUCGAGAAAGAACCUAUGGACUGUCAUCAAGCGUGCAAAACAAAACACUGCGAUAAUCCUCACAACCCACUCAAUGGAAGAAGCAGAAUUUCUAUGUGAUCGAUUGGGUAUUUUUGUGGACGGAGGCUUGCAAUGCAUUGGCAACCCUAGAGAGCUGAAGGGAAGGUACGGUGGAUCUUAUGUGUUUACAAUGACAACAUCAUCAGAACACGAGCAAAACGUGGAGAAGCUGAUUCAAGAUGUCUCGCCAAACGCCAAGAAGAUAUAUCACAUCGCAGGAACCCAGAAGUUUGAGCUUCCAAAAAAGGAGGUUCGGAUUUCAGAGGUGUUUCAGGCGGUGGAGAAGGCGAAGAGCAACUUCACGGUUUUCGCUUGGGGACUCGCAGACACAACUCUUGAAGAUGUCUUCAUAAAGGUUGCUAGGAAUGAGCAAGCAGCGUUUUGUGCCAUUCCUAAUCCACCACAAUGGACUCCAAUGCUUCAAAUUCCGGCUCCUCAAUACCGAGUCGCGACCACAUAUCCUAGCCAUUCUUCCCCUGCAACUUUUCUCUUCACCGGGAAUAAUCAGUCACUCGGACAAAAAACGGAAUCUAUGGAGCAAUAUUCGGUUUAUCAUGAUCCCUUUCGGCCUCUAAAUAGAGCUGGAAAAUGCGAAAGAGAGAUUUGCGGUUUAGAACAUUCUAAACCGGAUCAAGCUUUCUUUUGUUCCAUCCCUAGUCCUCCACUAUGGCCUCCAUUGUUACAAAUCCCGCGUCCUGAGAGUCGCGAUGUUAGAGGUCUUCCUAAUGAUACUUGUAGACGAACAGGAUCUUGUCCUGUUACUAUACUCUUUACUGGAAAUAACCGUUCCGUUGGAACAACUGUUUUUGGGAAUCUACUCACUAGUUCUAUACCGACGAACUCUUCUGACAUCUUGCUGACUUUAGCUAAUAAUGUUUUGGGUACAACAGCUGAGGCAGAUUUCAGCAAUUAUCUUGAUCCAGGGAUUGCCUCAAAUCUUCCUAUCUACAAUAUCCAACCUAGUUGCAUUCUAAAUGCUACGUUCCCAUUCUCAUUCGGACAACCACCUCUCAAGUUUGAGAAAGAGUUGAGAUGUGUUGAAGGAUUCAAUGUCUGGCAAAAUACCUCCAUAAAGGUCAAUGAUCUGAUUUUCAAGGGUUUUCGGAAAGGAAAUCCCGAGGGGAAGAUAAAUGAGAUCGCUGCAGCAUAUGAUCUCUUGAACACUGAUACGAACAAUUUCAAUGUGUACAUCUGGUAUAAUGCAACAAACAAGGACGAUGCAGAAAAUAGACUUACAAAGUUGGUCCGAGUUCCCCGCUUAGUCAAUUUGGUGUCAAAUGCUUACCUUCAAUUUCUACAAGGCUCGGGGACAAGGAUGUUGUUUGAAUAUGCCAAAGAAAUGCCAAAACAAGAAACAAGUCUUCGUCUGGACAUCGCGUCUCUAAUUGGCCCCCUUUUCUUCACAUGGGUUAUUCUUCUUCUGUUCCCUGUGAUCGUGUCGUCAUUAGUGUAUGAGAAACAGCAACAUCUGAGAAUUAUAAUGAAAAUGCAUGGCCUAGGAGAUGGUCCUUAUUGGAUAAUUUCAUAUGCCUAUUUCCUUACCUUAUCCGUGUUAUACGUUAUAUGCCUGAUGAUAUUCGGGUCAGCAAUAGGACUGAAGUUCUUUCGGCUUAAUGACUACAGCAUCCAAUUCGCACUCUAUUUUCUCUAUGUGAAUCUGCAAAUCGCCUUUGCCUUUCUAGUUUCUUCAGUAUUUUCAAAUGUCAAGACAUCAACAGUUGUUGCUUACAUAUACGUGUUUGGAUCUGGACUUUUGGGUUUGUUUCUAUUCGACUUUCUAAUUGAAGAUUCAUCAAUUCCUAGAGGCUGGAUUAUUGUCAUGGAGUUAUAUCCUGGCUUUUCCUUAUACCGUGGGCUGUAUGAGUUGGGGCAAUUUGCUUUCGGGGGACACUUGAGAGGGGAAGAUGGGAUGAAGUGGAAAGAUUUCAGUGCUAGUGCAAUGGAUGAUGUUUUUUACAUCAUUAUUGCUGAGUGGUUUCUCGCACUCAUUGCAGCAUACUAUAUUGAUAAGAUUUCUUCAUCCGGAAAAGACCCGUUGUUCUUCUUGCAAAACCCUUUCAAGAAAUCUCCUUCUUUGCGAAGGCCUAGUUUGCACAGGCAAGGCUCCAAAGUCUCAGUUGAGAUGGAGAAACCAGAUGUCACUCAUGAGAGUGAAAAAGUCGAGCAGUUGAUACUUGAGUCGAGCACAAGCCAUGCGAUUGUAUGUGACAACCUGAAGAAGGUGUAUCCUGGUAGAGAUGGGAACCCGCCUAAAUUGGCAGUGCGGGGGUUAUCUCUCGCUGUGCCUUCAGGAGAAUGCUUUGGCAUGUUAGGGCCCAAUGGUGCUGGCAAGACCUCCUUCAUCAAUAUGAUGAUUGGGCUCUUGAAACCAACAUCUGGGACAGGGCUUGUUCAAGGUCUGGAUAUAUGCAGUGAUAUGGACCGAGUAUACACCAGCAUGGGCGUAUGCCCGCAGCACGACUUGCUCUGGGAAACACUGACAGGAAGGGAACAUCUGCUGUUUUACGGGAGACUUAAGAAUCUCAAAGGUUCUGAUCUCAACCAAGCUGUGGAAGAGUCUCUUAAGAGUGUCAACCUAUUCUACGGAGGAGUUGCCGACAAACCUGCUGGGAAAUACAGUGGUGGUAUGAAAAGGCGGCUGAGCGUAGCCAUUUCACUUAUCGGGAAUCCUAAGGUGGUUUAUAUGGAUGAGCCAAGCACAGGACUUGAUCCAGCCUCGAGAAAGAACCUAUGGACUGUCAUCAAGCGUGCUAAACAAAACACUGCGAUAAUCCUCACAACCCACUCAAUGGAAGAAGCAGAAUUUCUUUGUGACCGAUUGGGUAUUUUUGUGGACGGAGGCUUGCAAUGCAUUGGCAACCCUAAAGAGCUGAAGGGAAGAUACGGUGGAUCUUAUGUGUUUACGAUGACAACAUCUUCAGAACACGAGCAAAACGUGGAGAAGCUCAUUAAAGAUGUCUCCCCAAACGCCAAGAAGAUAUAUCAUAUCGCAGGAACCCAGAAGUUUGAGCUUCCAAAAGAGGAGGUUCGGAUCUCAGAGGUGUUCCAGGCGGUGGAGAAGGCAAAGAGCAACUUCACAGUGUUCGCUUGGGGACUCGCAGACACAACUCUUGAAGAUGUCUUCAUCAAGAAACGGAACAUAUGGAGCAAUAUACGUCUCAUCACGAUCCCUUUCUUCCUCUGUCUACUUCUCCUUGUUGUUCAAAUGCUUUUCGACACUCAAUUCAACGACGUCCAUGGUCAAUGUGGCUGCAAAGAGAAAACUUGCGACUUAAGGUAUUCUACUUCAGAGCAAGCAGCUUUUUGCGCUAUUCCUAAUCCACCACAAUGGACUCCAUUACAUCAAAUUCCGGCUCCUCAAUACCGAGCUGCGACCCCAUACCUGAGCCAUUCUUCCCCUGCAACUUUUCUCUUCACCGGGAAUAAUCAGUCACUCGGAAAAAUUCUAAUGGGAAAUAUGUAUAGCAAUUCAGCUGAAUUUGAUGGAGAUUUAGCCAAUCAUGUCUUGGGCUCAUCAUCUUUCCCUGCAUACACCAAUUAUAUGGACUCUGCUUUCAUCUCAGAUAUUCCCAUCUACAACAUCCAACAUGAAUGCUCACCAAACUCUUCUUUCUCAAUCUUAAUUCACCAAUCACCUCUUGCUUUGCCUAAAGAGGUAAACUGUGUCCAAGGCUUAAAUCUGUGGCGGAAUAGUUUUUCCGAUGUGAACAAUGAGCUUUUCAAGGGUUACCGAAAAGGAAAUCCGGACGAGAAGAUCAACGAGUUUGCUGCAGCUUUUGAUUUUCAGAACACAAAUGGGAACAAUCUCAAUGUUUUUGUUUGGUACAACUCCACCUACAAGAACGAUACAGUGGUUCGACCUAUGGCUCUGAUUCGAGUUCCUCGCUUAGUUAAUUUGGCAUCUAACGCAUAUCUUGAGUUCCUAAGAGGUUCUGAGACAAAGAUACUCUUUGAGUAUGUCAAGGAAAUGCCUAAACCAGAGACUAAAUUGAGCUUAGACAUCGCCUCUCUAAUCGGCCCGCUCUUCUUCACAUGGGUCAUUCUGUUGUUAUUCCCUGUGAUCUUAACAACACUGGUCUAUGAAAAACAACAGAGGUUGAGAAUCAUGAUGAAGAUGCAUGGCCUUGGCGAUGCUCCUUACUGGAUAGUUUCAUACACUUAUUUUCUUUUGAUAUCGAUCCUAUACAUGUUGUGCUUUGCGAUAUUCGGGUCAGCCAUUGGGUUAAACUUCUUUAGGCUUAAUGACUAUAGUAUCCAACUUGUGUUCUUCCUCAUAUGUACAAAUCUUCAAAUAUCACUUGCCUUUUUAGCCUCUGCAAUGUUUUCAGAUGUUAAAACUGCUACAGUUAUAGCAUACAUAUAUGUCUUUGGAACCGGGCUUCUAGGAAUCUUUCUUUUCCAAUUCUUCUUGGAAGAUCCUCUCUUCCCAAGAGGAUGGAUAAUUGCAAUGGAGUUAUACCCUGGAUUUUCUUUAUACCGCGGGCUAUAUGAGUUAUCACAAUCUGCAUUCUCGGGAGAUUACCGCGGCAUUGAUGGAAUGAGAUGGAGAGAUUUUGAGAAUGGAAUGAAAGAAGUGACUUGUAUCAUGCUCAUUGAGUGGCUGUUACUGCUUGUUUUAGCAUAUUACAUUGAUCAAAUCUCUUACUCAGGGAAACAUCCAUUGUUCUUCCUCCUGAAAAGCUCUUCAAAGAAGAAACAAGAUCACUUCUCUCAGAGCCAAACUUCCAAAGUUGUUGUCGAAAUGGAGAAAUCAGAUGUGUGUCAAGAGAGGGAGAAAGUAGAGCAUCAUCUACUCGAAUCAACUGGAGACUGCGCGGUUUUAUGCAAUAACCUCAAGAAGGUGUACUCGGGUAAGGACGGUAAUCCUCAGAAACUCGCGGUUAGAGGAUUAUCUCUUGCUUUACCUCAAGGAGAAUGUUUUGGCAUGCUUGGUCCUAAUGGAGCAGGCAAAACUUCUUUCAUCAAUAUGAUGACAGGAAUCAUUAAACCAUCAUCUGGCAAAGCAUUUGUCCAAGGUCUUGACAUACUAACCGAUAUGGACCGGAUAUAUACAACAAUAGGAGUCUGUCCACAACAUGAUCUUCUGUGGGAGAAAUUGAGUGGAAGUGAACAUCUACUGUUUUAUGGAAGGCUCAAGAAUCUCAAAGGUUUUGUCUUAACACAAGCUGUCGAAGAGUCACUUCGCAGUGUCAACCUUUUCCAUGGAGGGAUUGGCGACAAACAAUUGAAGAGUCGAUAUGGAGGAUCCUAUGUAUUGACUGUGACAACUUCAGAGGAACAUGAGAAAGAAGUGGAGCAAUUAGUGCAUAACAUCUCUAUGAAUGCAAAGAAGAUAUAUCGAACCGCGGGGACUCAGAAGUUUGAACUGCCUAAGCAAGAGGUGAAGAUUGGUGAGGUGUUUCGGGCGGUGGAGAAGGCGAAGACAAUGUUUCCAGUAGUUGCUUGGGGACUUGCAGACACAACUCUUGAAGAUGUCUUUAUAAAGGUUGCACAAACUUCUUAACUAACAACUCUUUUGAAUGUUUCCUCUUGAUCAAUCUCAAUCUUUUCUUCAUCUUAUGUCAAGCUCAAAGUCACAAACUAUAUUUCAUAUAACACAAAUUAAGAUUUAUUCUAUUU